AACAUGUCUGACAACGAGGACAACUUUGAUGGAGACGACUUCGACGAUGUGGAGGAGGAUGAGGGCCUGGAGGACCUGGAGAACGCAGAGGAGGAGGGACAGGAGAACGUGGAAAUCCUCCCUUCCGGAGAGCGGCAGCAGGCGAACCAGAAGCGGAUCACUACCCCCUACAUGACCAAAUAUGAGCGAGCCAGAGUCCUGGGCACUCGUGCCCUCCAGAUAGCGAUGUGUGCACCUGUGAUGGUGGAGUUGGAAGGAGAGACAGACCCCUUGCUGAUUGCCAUGAAAGAACUCAAAGCACGCAAGAUCCCCAUAAUCAUCCGUCGUUACCUGCCAGACGGGAGCUAUGAAGACUGGGGUGUGGAUGAGUUAAUCAUCACAGAUUGAUCAGCCUCCAGCCAUUGUUUUAGCUCUUUCCUUCUCCAGAGAUGUUUCUAUUUUUGUUUAUAUUUGUGUAAAUAAAUUAUAAACCUACCCAUUUGAAGUUGAAUGUGUUUGAGUCUUUUU